GACGCACUCUUAGUCAUGAAUUCUAUUUCUUGCCGUCUUGCCGAGCCAGUUGGACUCCAUUCUGUGUCCGCCGGCGAGGCUCCGCCCGCAGUGAUCAGAGAGGGAACAUGUUCACUGCAACAACACUCGUCCGCUGCCCGUCUAGACCUUCGCUGGGACUUUAACACUUCGGUUAUCUAGAAAAGCGAUAAAUACAAAAGCUGAAGAUCGACUGACCAAAACCAGCACCGGCGCUUUGCUGCUUUUUGAGCGGAAGUUCAGGCUCGAGCGGCGGCCAUGCGGGGCGAGCUGGGCCCGGGCGGCCUGCUGCUGGGCCUGACGCUGGUCCUCCUCUGCCCGGCCUGCGGAGCCUCUUCUCUGGGCCUCGCGGUGCACGUCGUGCCGCUGGACGCCGACGGAGGCAAUACGGUUCGGGCUCAUUUCAGCGCCAUCGCUGCCGGUCCGUGUCCGUCUCUGUCGGGCCUGUGCUCUGCAGGGGAGGACUGCCUGGUCCACGCCACCCCGCUACCGUUCACCGGCGCCAAGCCCGGCUCCGGCUGGUGCGUCCGCCAGUGGCAGAAGACCGUGCCCAGCAAUUACAACGCUACCAUCGAUUUAGGUUCGAACACAGAAAUGUAUGUGUCCAUGAACGCGAGUCCAAAGGUUCGAGAAAACAGCGGCAGACUGAACCAACCUGCUUAUGUUGGUCUCCCUCCUCCACUGAGGGGGCGAGCCGGAUGCCCCCACCACUUCCCCCUGUCGGCGAAGGACCCGGACGGUGACCGGGUCACGUGCCGCUUCGCUCGGCCCGACCAGGGAGAGUGUGUCAGCUGCCCUCAGCACGCCUUCAUAGAGCUGGAUGAGGACACGUGCACGUUGUCCUUCACUGGGAACGCGGCGGCGGGACAGUACUCCAUCUACCUGAUGGCCGAGGACCGGAUUCCCGCUCCCAAAAUACGCCGCGUGGCGGACAGCAGCCCCCUGAGCUCUGUCCCCGUGCACCUGUCUCUCACCGUGGAGGAGUCGACCUCCAGCUGCCUCGAUGAGCCGACGGCGACGGGCGACACCCCCCAGGGGGGCACCACGCGGUUCGUCCUGCCGUACCAGCAGGUGCAAUUUGACACCAGCUUCACCUCACAGACGGAAAGUGUUUUAGAGGUAGCGGUGGUCGGCCCCCCCGACCUCUACAGGGUUGGUUUCAAAUCAGUCGGCCCCCUGGCGGCCAUGACGAUGGCCUGGAUCCGCUCCGAAAACCAACUCCCCCGCCUUCUGCCCGUCUGCUUUGUUGCCAACACCAAUAGUUUGCAGUCGGAGCCGCGGUGCGUGUGGCUGCACCAAAGGGAGAUGAGGACGCUUCCCCCUGGAACAGUGCUGACGUGUGGGAAGACGGAGAUGACUCUGGUGCUGUCCGUCGCCUCGCUGCGCGGCAUCGACCUGGCCGAGCUGCAGCUCAACAGCCCCACCUGCCCCGUCGCCUACAACAGCACGCACCUGACCGCCAUCAUCUCGCUGACUGGCUGCGGCACCGAGGCUGUGCACUCCGGUUCGGAGCUGGUUUACACCAACACUUUGCACAGCGUGCGUCCGUUCACCAUGGUCAGCCGGCGGCCCUCCCUCGUCCUGCCUCUGGCCUGCCGGAUCCCCGGCGUCCAGGCCAGGGGCCCGCAGUACGAGGUGCGCAUCCCCACCGAGAAGGAGUCCUUCGGCGAGGUCGGGAUCUGGCUAGAGGUUCACCCGCCGGGGGAGGGGCCCCUGGGAAAUUUCACGCGCCUGGCCAGGUUCCGCUCCCUCGAGUUGGCGCCGGGACGGGCGCGUCGGGAUGCAAAGUCCUCCGACGACGCGGGCUCCCUCGCCGUCGGGUCCAGAUUCACCCAGCUGGACCUCCAGGUGAUGUCCAACUGCAGCAUCGAACGGGCCGACAUGCUGGUGGGCAAUUGCCGCCGGUCUGAGACGGCAGACUUUGCGCAGGCCACCUUAAUCCUGGAGCAAGGGUGUUCAUCUUCCAGCAGCACUGUUGAGGUUAUUACAGAACAAAACAACUCCAAGGUUUACCGCCUCGAUUUGAGCUCCAUCCAAUCCCAAGGAUCCACGAUGUACGUCGAGUGCACAGUGAAUCUCUGCAUCGCCACCUCGCCCUCUGAGAGGUGCCCCGACCUGUGCACGCGCUCCCUCAGUCCGAGGGUGACGGUCAGCAGCUUGCUCACCGGCACGUACACCGUUCGCUCGGGACCCGUCAGCCUCGUGGUCACCGCUCCCACGCCGGCAACCCCUGCGCCGGUCUCUCCACUGGGAGUUACCUCCGCGCCGGUCACCGCCGCGCCGACCGCCGCGCCAGCUGGCCAGAGCACCAUCAGCUCACGGGCUCCUGAACAGGCCUCGUCCGUGGCAGCAGGAGUGAUUUUAACCACUAUCGGCAUAUUUCUUCAAAACGUCCUUCUUCACUGAGCCGGCAUGAGGACCUGUGAGAACACGCUACGUGACACGUCUGUCAGCUCCGUGCACAGCGCAGUACGGUCAAAAAACACCGGUCAACACUGUUGACAUUUAAAAUCUCUUUUUACAAUGAAAUCUGCAUAUAUCAGAAUAACAUUUUAGACUUUGCAUCGUUGGAAUUUUCAGCAAUGAAUAACAAAGACAACGCUUUCUUUCUGUGCCCUGUUUUCAGAAUGUUAACCAAUUACAAACAUUGUGGAUUUCAUUUUGGUGUCUUCAAUUAUUUCUUUAUGUCAUUAAAACAUUGAAUCAGACCAAUUUAA